GAAGAUUUUAAAUUGAAGAUGAUGUUUGCAUAUGUAUUCUAAAUGUUUAUGUUUGGAAAAUUUAUUUUCAACAUGUGCUCGUGAAAUGUCACUUUUUUAAGAAUUUAAAGGAGUUAUGUAAAAUACAACGAAGAUUUAGUGAUGUAAGAAUUUAGAUUUGAUAAACUUGAAAAGUUUAAAUAGAGAUGAAUUUGAUUUGCACAGAUAAAUUAAAGAAACCAUGUUGAUUGAAGCAGAGAUGAUGUGAAAAAUGAAUGAAAAAAAGUUUUAGUGCAUCCAUGGGGUGAAUUGUGGGAUAAAUUAUGUUGUCUUUCACGUGGUGUUGUUGUGUGGAUUAUAAUUACUAUGUUUUGUGUAUUCCUUAAGAAUUGGAUUAAAUAUAAUUAUGAAUAAUGUUAAUUGGAUUAACUUAAAUUAUGGAUGUUAUUGAUUGGAUUAAUUAACUAAUUAUGGAUUAUUUAAUUGAAAUAGAGUAGUGAAAACUUGAAUCAUAUCACCUUUAACUAUGGGUGAUAAGAAGAAUGAUUUAGAUGAGGUGAUGGGUAAUAUUGAGACCCAGUUACUGAAAGGUCUGCAGUCUGGGAACAAAACAGCAGCACAGAGGGCCUACACAGACCUACAGAAAAGAGAACAAAUUUUACGGAUUAAGUGUGAAUACAAUGGCGAAAAGAGGAGUAUCAACAUACACCGACCAUUGACAUACAGCCACCUGAGAAUGAAAGUAUCAGAGAUGUAUACUAUGGAUUUAAUGAUAUUCUUUACACAGGCAAAUGGAGAGGUACACAUACCAAUCACAAAUCAAAAAGAAUUAGACGCAGCCAUUGAUCUAGUGGACAAGAAUGAGAAAAUCACAAGUCUUCGGCUAUUCCUGUCUCCUCCCGCUGGCUGUGGUUAUACUAAUGUCAGAAAACAUCAGUCCAAAGACUCGACUAGUGAGAGUGGAUUUGGUACAAUGUCUUCCAAACAUUCUGACUACAGAGAAUCACCUAGCCCACCCCCUGGACACCUGCCACAUGGAAUAUCCCAUAGUGUUUCACGUACGUCUGUUAACAGUGAGGGAGAGUUCAUUCCUGAAGAUGGGGAUGAGGGUGUCUAUCAUAGUCCAGAAGGAUCAGGGAAAAUGACCGGUAGUAUCUCCUCACUGGACAGUGGAAGUUAUGCCAGUAGUAGCCAUGGUGACACCUACCCAUUUAGAAUAAGAGCUGGUUCACGGAGAAGUGUAUUAACUGAUGCAUCAUCCAAAGAUGAAACAGCGGAUGGUAAAGUAUGGUUUGAUACGUUUCCACGGAAUUACAAUGUAAACACACAUAACACUCAUGACAUUGAAGGCCACAGAACAUUCCCGCGUGCCAGUAAUAUCGUACAGAGACGGCCUGAGUUAGGGAGCACACUUUUAUCCCGUGGGAGUUCCGGUGCUCUCAGCAAUAGUAGUAGCAGUAGUGGAUUCCCUCCUGAUCCAGACAUGGACUCUCCCGAGGGCCGACUCAGUCUAAAGAGAAAUAGUGAUAUAGAUAGCCCUGUGUUCAAUCCUGUAUCAGAUUUAGCCUUCUCUAAAUGUCUUACACCGGACAAGCCUCCCCGUGCUCCAGUAAACUGGCAGAUGGGUAAACUGUUAGGCAGUGGAGCUUUUGGAGAAGUAUACCUUUGUUAUGACAGGGAUACAGGUCGAGAACUGGCAGUCAAACAAGUCACUCUAACAAGCAUGAAUGCUGAAGCUUCUAAAGAAGUGCGAGCGUUGGAGAAUGAGAUACAAUUAUUACGGAAUUUCCAACACGAGAGAAUUGUAUCUUAUUUUGGUUGUCAACAGGGUAAAACUAGCUUAUCUAUAUUCAUGGAAUACUUAUCUGGGGGUUCUUUGAAAGAUUUACUUAACAAAUAUGGGGCAUUAACCGAAGUGGUUUGUCGCAAAUAUACUCGCCAAGUGUUAGAAGGGCUGGCCUUUCUUCACAAAAAUGUUAUUGUUCAUCGAGAUAUUAAAGCUGCUAAUAUUUUACGUGACAGUGAAGGCAAUGUUAAAUUAGGAGAUUUUGGUUCUUCUAAACGUUUACAGACAAUUUGUAGCAUAGCAGGACUUAAAACUGUUGUUGGUACUCCGUACUGGAUGGCUCCAGAAGUCAUCAACGGAGAGGGAUACGGCAGAAAAGCUGACAUUUGGAGUUUAGGUUGUACUAUAGUAGAAAUGUUAACUCAAAGACCUCCUUAUGCAGAUUAUGAAUCGAUGGCAGCCAUUUAUAAAAUCGCCACAGAAGAUCAUCCUCAAUAUAAACUCCCUAGUAACACGUCAAAAGAAUGUGUACUAUUGUUGUCCUCGACUUUUAAGAAAAACGUUAAAGAUCGGCCAACAGCAGAAGAUUUGUUACGGCAUAGAUUUGUGGUCAGUGGGCCGACGUGAUCUAUAUAUUUAUCAAAAUAUUGACCAAUAUCGAACAAAACCACCAAAAGUCUUUCAGAAUGAUCAGAACAUGGGAGAUAAUCACAAAUUGUUUGUGUUGUCAAGGGAGAUAAUCGCAAUGAAAAUUAGUUUGUGUCGUCCACAUUGAGGUUGCUUUGUACAAAAUGAUCGGCCAGUGUACUUAGACGAUUUAAAAAUUUCCAUUGUAGACCUAUGUAUAAAUAAAGCUACAUAGAAUCUAUAAAACAUUUUGGAAGUUGAGAAAAGAUAUUAUACAAGUCUGUGAAAGUUUGGUAAAGAAAGAUAUGAAAUGUUUACAAGUCAGUGAAAAUUUUCAAAAGAUGAUUACUUGAAAUAUUUCAACAUUAAAAACUCAUCUGGAAAAAAACCCACUUUUGUAAUAUGGAUAUAUUUGUAACUAUUAGUUUCUAAGUGAACCAAGCGGUGUUGAGUUGAAGAAUGUUUGAUGAUCCACUUAGUAAUCUAGAAAUAAAGGAUUUGAAUUCAUAUUUUAAAGAACAGAUUAUUUAAAAGGAGAGGAUAGUAGAAGACCAUGACUGAAAUCAAAAACUAAUAGCUACAAGAUCAAAG